CUGUUUAAUACUAAACUAUUAAAGCAGAAUAUAAAGAACAUGUAACACAGUCAAAACUAGCUAAGGUAUUCAAAUAAAAUUACAUGUCGAACAGUGCUAGGAUAAAGAAGUAUUUUUGAAACUAGUCUGUACAUGUAGAAUCUGUUAUAUUAGCAGAUGAAAAUGUUGAUGUGUUUUGUAAAUACAGCAGGUAAUAGGAAUAGCACAAUAGACACACAUAAUACAAUAAGAUAAAAUAUUAAAGAAGAUUUGUAAUACUGAAUAUACAUUGUGUAUAUAUCAACAAUACUAAGUUCAAGAAAUCAAUUCACAGAGAAAUUACAACAAAAAAAUGCUUUCAAAGCGCCAAACAAGAAAAAAAUUUGAUUAAGACCAUCUCAAUCAGUAUCGGAAAUAUUUACAAAAAUAAAGAAGUGGAGAAUAAAAACUAAACAUGCAACGUAUGGAUUAUAUGAACCAAGAACACCAAAUGGGGUCAAGAUACAAGAUGCAUAAUACUGUAUACAAGAACAGGGGCUCUCGUGGUGAAAACUGGACCAGUGCAGAGAAAGAGUUCAUCCUUGAGGAGAUUGCGAAACGAAUCAGCAUAAUAGAUAAUAAAGGAGUGAGCACCGAUUGGCUGAAAUGUAAAAAUGAGGCUUGGGCGGCUAUUUAUAAAAAUUAUAUGAAAAAAUUUGGGACGGCCACAGCUCGAGACACAAAACAACUGAAGGAAUGCUGGAAGCGUCUGAAACAGCAAGCACGUAAAGAAGGGCGGGAAUUGGAGGACGAAGGGAAGAUCCUAACGUCAGACAGGGACUCAAUUGGACUGCGGAUUUACAAGAUGUUGCGAGAGGUCGAAACUUCAAACAAUGCAAGGACUCCACAAGAUAUCCAACAUGCAGAGUAUUUCAUGCCUGCUAAUAGCGUAAAUGAUCAGAAUGAGGCUAGCAAUGUCAGUCUGGCCGACGUGAGUGUUCCCAAGAUCAUUAAAAUAGAACUUCAGGAUAGACCAGUCAAUGACAACCAAUCAGAAUCGUUUGAGCUGGAUAAUCCACAAAAUGUAGAAGUCACCAAAACACCAUAUUUGGACAGAAGUGGUAAAACAUCGGCCAUUGAAGAAAAUGAAAAACAGUAUGCUCCUGGGAUUAAACGAAAAUUGGAUGGUAAUGAAAGCAAUGAUGGAAAUGCAAUGAAACACUUAUAUAAUGGCCCCACACAUACCCAACCACAAUAUAGUGUGGCUAGUACCCAUAAUAUUGUGACUCAUUCACAAAAUGAUGUGGCUAAUUCUCCUGAUAUGUCAAUACAAAACAGCGUGGCUACCACACAUUCACACACUGGUGUGAGACAGAUAUACCACCCAAUAACAGAUCAACACAUCACACAAACUACUGAUCGUCCUUGUUUAUACAAUGAUGACAUUAAACGAAGACAUGAACAGGUGUUAGAGAACAUAAACAGAUACUAUGAUGCCAAGUAUGAGAGUCUUAAUGCCGAACAUCAGCUAAAGAUGGAGGUACUUCAGGUUAAAAGACAAACAGCAAUUGAAAAAUUGAUGCAAUUGCAAAAACUGAACAAUUCUUAACGUUUCUGUUAUUCUUGAUCUGGAUGUGAUAGAAGCUGAAAUUCAUUUAAAGAAUACUUACUAAAAUUGAUGAAUGCAAUCUGAUAUAAGAAAUAUGUUUAUAAAUUUCAGCUUGAGUGACUGUGAAUCUUGUUUGAUCAAUCUACUUUUAAAAUUUUAUUUUCAAUCUUGUCAUAAAAGAAGAAUAGCAUUCAUGGAAGCAUACUGUGUUGUAUUGUGCUUUUGUGUACAAUGCAUAGAAUAUGUAAAUAAAUGAGAAGAUCCUAGUCUAGUUCCAAGCCCUUGUGAGCUCUUCUAUGUUAAAACAUAGGAUAUCUAGAUAUUUUACAAAAUAAAUAA